CCGAAUAUUUUUUCCAUUCUCAUUUCUCCUUUCUCCUUAGUACCCAUACAUGUCCAUGUUCUUCGAGAGAACCUCCAAAAUCUUCCAAAAUGCAUUCAUUUAAUGCUCGUUUUCUUUCACAAUAAAUACACACACCGCCACUGCUACUACUAUAACUGACCAACAUUGUUAUAUAUAUUCAGCAUAGUUUUUCCUUUCUAACCAUCUACAUUUUCUGACUUUUUAUAUUCUCCUAUAUUACUAUGUCAGUCGCAUCUUGUAUGAUCCUUCUUUCCCUUUUAUGCUUAAUUUCGUCGCUUGCAUGUGACGCCCGAAGGAGUCUCGGUGAGGUCGUUACGAAACCAGAAGAAAAGAAGGUUGGAGAGAAAAUAGUGGGUGUUGAUAAAAUUAGAGUGGAUUCAAAUGUGAAGUCCUCCUCAUCAACGAAUGAACAGAGAGACAUACAAGGAGAUAGCAGUGCUGUUAGCACACGAAAGCUUGAAGAGACAAAGGCAAAGGCCUCGGGGAGCAAAUCAAACAAAUAUCAGAAAGGGAAAUUAUCUCCUGCUGCUGCUGUUCGAACUGAUCAGACUGUUGCUUCGGUGUCGUGGUCCGUGCCUCACAAGAAACGCGGCGAGAAACAACCCGGCUUUAACUUGGAUUAUGCACCCCCCAAGACACACCCUCCUCAUCACAACUGAAAACCGUUUAUCUCUCUCUCUCUCUCUCUCUCACACACACACUAUUUUUGAGUUUCUCUCUCUUAAUUAUGUAUCUCUUUGCUUCUUUUUGUAUCUUACGUCUUUGAUUUAAUGUUUAAGGACGUCAGUCGAUAUAUCAUCGAGGAAGUUGAA